AUGGGUAAGGACCAGACCAGGGGAGGGAAGAGGAUUCAAGAAUUCCUCGCUGACUUGGUGGUACUGGGCUCGCUGCAGGGUUUCCGAUACUUCCAGCCAUGGCUGCGGGGACGUGAGGAGUUGCUGCUGACUGUGGUGAAUGAGGAUUCGAGCUGGCGAUCGGCGAGUUUUCCUGGGAGUCUGGUCAGUCCUCCUGACGAGAGGUUUGGAGUCGCCGAGUUACCCUACGCUGACCAAUCUCUGCUGACAUCACUGCGAUCACAGAAGAGAAUGAGCGGCUGUGGGCACGCUGAUGUGGGAUUGCCUCCAGCAUCUCCCUGUGAUCGGGAAAUUGCGCUCCCAGGACUGAACUGUACCCUCUUUCUGUUGGCUUGCUAUGCCAAGUACCAGUGCCCGUACGUGUGGAUCCGAUCCAAUCACGAGCGUCUCAUUAAAGCAGCCGGUGGGGACUGGGCAUGUAAGGACAGCCCUCUGAAGCUAAACUCCACUCGGGAUUGGCGCCAGAACGGUGGACAGAUUUGGGAGAUUGUGGCUGAGCUAGUGGAACUCUGCACCUGGCCGCCACCAUCGAACCCGUUCAGCCUGGACAUCCAGUACUUUGAGUCACUCCCUCUCAUCGAGAGGUUCCUGGCCACGGGGGCUGUGGCUGACUUCCUCCAGACGAUUGUGAUCCACGGAAACCGAGAAAAGCUCUAUUACACUAAAGUUUUGGAUGAGCUGGAAACCCUGAACCGACUCCAUGUUAAAGCCCUCCACGAGAUGCAAAAACAGAAACUGAGAGCGGUGGAGGCCGAAGCAGACAACGAAGAGGCAAUGGACAGCAAUGGCGUGUGACUGGGCCACUGUCACCUCUCGUUCCAAAACCCGGCAACAAAUCCAGCCAAGAGUAGCGUAGGCAAGUAGACUAACUGGAUGAAGGGAGGGUCAGUGGGGUCACGGAGCUGGGAGUGGAAGAUGAUUUGUAUUUAAUACCCUGGGGUUUGGGUGCAGCUGAAAUGGUGGCAAGAUUCCCAACGCGAUCU